UCGGAAAACAAAAGGAAGUGUCUCAAAGGAGGCGGUAUGUCGAUGUACACGGUAUUUCGAAGAGCCAGUCAAGUGCCCGCGGAACCGUUCUGGACCAGCGACAGCUCGACACGGUGUGUGUCCGUCGGAGUAGUUUUUAUUUCCCCAGCAAGUCCUUCAGUUAAUCGCCUAGGAUCCUCUUAUUCUGCUGAAUCAGGCAUAUAUGACUUCUAGUCCGCGCAUGUUCCUUUUUCGGGGGGCUGGAUGUUCGUUGCUGACAGAAGUCCGCCGGUUCCGCAUGCUAGCGGCGGGCGUGUGAAUCUUAUGUUGCUUUGUGGAAACUGUCACAGCUCCCUGUCUACCGUUUCGUGGAACCCGUGACUAUGUCGUUUCAUAGCGGCUGCAUGGCAGUUCAUUUCGUUCUGGAACUGUAUUUCUCCUCUUACAUGCUGAUGAUGGGGAUGAUGCCUGUGCCUACCGGUCGUGGUUGGGGUUGCCCAAACCACAUUUUGUGUCGAGGCUCUUCGAGGACCUGAAGUGACCGCCUGCUCUUAAUAGUGCAUCUACGCGUUCACCAGUUUCUCCUGCCCCCUUAGUUUUCCUCUACCCGAUACCACUGUUCAUCUCUGGUGGGACUGCGAAGGGUGCAGUUGCUGCAAAAUAGAUCAAAUAGCGCUACACUCACUGCGGGCUAAUAGCCCAGGGUUUGUCAACAAGGCUCAUCCUCUCUCUCUCGAGCACGGAGACCACAUCGCGUACCGAAGAGAGCUAUGCGCUUCCACGAUUAUGGGAUCGACGGUCCGAGUGAGGCAUGCAGCAGCGGCAGCACCGGACAGUGUGUUAACACGUUCCACGGACGACGGAGACGGCGAUGCAACCACUUCUCCGUUCCCUUCAACCAUAGAGCUACCAAACAUGCAUAUGCGUACUUGCCAAGAGGCCGGCGAUGCCAGGGACCUAUCGCGCAGCCCGGCAGACGACAGUCAAACAGCAGAGGAACGCAUCGGGGAAUGGCCGAAUGCGAGGCGGAGACGAGUGGAGUCUAGGGGAACGAGCAACUGGACGGCAGUUUAUGGAACAAGCAGCAGCGCCGAUUCUGUACCACUGUGCGAUCAGAUGUCCUCGGGAGCGAGCAGGAGCCCCGUUGUUGUUCUUAGUGGGCAACCUGCGGCGUUGGCAGAACGAAGCCCCGCCAAAAAUAGGGAUCCGCCAGAUGUCGUUAUUGUCACAAGCGACGAAGAUGUAGUUGAGGAAGCGUAUUGUUUGGUCUCUGACGACGAAGUCGUGAUCACCGGAACGAGUCAAGGUGGGACAAGAGCACCUAGGUCUGAGAGUGUCGCGGGUGCAGAUAGAGUAAAUAGCCGGCCCCUGAACGGUCAACACUACAGAACAUGGCGGGAGCAAUUUUCCUCGAGCCUGCCCGUUCAGUCUGGCGCGGCUGGAGAAGCUCCCACCUUCUACCCUCUGCAUAUCCCGGGCCGGCGAUCAGAUGUUCGUUCCUUGACGGAAGCCCCCAGUGAGCCCGUGGUGGCCGGCGCCGCUGACGGCUUGCCCAGGAGAUCCACUGGAUCUCGGCCCAGCGACCAGGCGGAUGCACGGGCGUUCCUUCGGAGAACACCUGGUCGCCGGCAGCAAGGACAUGCCUACCAUCACGGGGUAGAAGCGUGUCAGGCUCCUGGGCUGUUUCAACAGCUCAAAGAAGCGGACCGGUGUCUCGCGCGAGCCCGAGUAACCGUCCAACGUCUCCGACAGGCGGAGAACGAACUUUUCAGAGAGAGGAGAGAACUCGAGCAGCGACACAAUCAAGCGGUGUGGCGGCCGCAGCAGCACGGCGCAAUGCUGCUGAAGCAGGCGUUAACGUUCGAAGGUUGCGGCGAAGACUUUGGGCCGAAGAAGGGCGACGACGUCUUCACGGAGUGGGUCGUCGGGACGUCGUCAGUUUUCCGACCUCAGGAGCCUCGGCACUGACACAAGAAUGUAGUCGCCGAAGAACGCGUAGGGAAACGGCACAUGAAGGUCACAGUCAGCGUGAAGUGCAAGCAGUGGAGGCGUAUGCCGGCUCUUCUCCCAGUGAUCCGCCUCAUGAAAGUCAUAUUCUUCUUGGGUGGGCGUUGCUUGAGGACGCGGG